AUGGGUUGUUGUGUGAUAGCUGGAAAGAAAUGUUGUGUGGUGUAUGAUUCUGGAGCGACACACUCAUUUGUGUCAGAAUCUUAUGUGAAAAAGUUGGGUUUGUUGGUGUGUAAGCUGCAGUUCGAUCUUGUGGUAUCUACUCUAGAAUCGGGUUUUGUCAGGACAUCGUCCUUGUGUGCUAAGUGUCCAAUGGAGGUAGAGGGGUGGAUAUUCAAAGUAAAUCUGAUAUGCCUACCUCUACAAGAUUUGGAGGUGGUCUUGGGGAUAGAUUGGCUCUCUACCAAUCGCGUUCUUAUUGAUUGUCGAGAGAAAAGGUUGUUGUUCUCUAACUCAGAUGAGCUUGAGUUGUUGUCUUCUCAAGGGUUACGAAGGAGAUCCAAGGUGUUUCUGGAGGAAGUACCAGGGUUGCCUCUAAGGAGGGAAGUUGAGUUCUCUAUCGAUUUGGUACCAAGGGUUGGUCCAGUAUCGAUGGCUCAUUACCGUAUGGCUUUGGCGGAGUUGGUAGAACUCAAGAAAUAG